ACUUCAAUUGACAUCUACAUCAAUUUACAAUGACGACGAAACGCCCCAAUUUUAUGGUGAUUGUCGCCGAUGACCUGGGUUUCUCCGACGUGGGCUGCUUUGGUGGCGAGAUUCGUACCCCUCACAUUGACAAAAUCGCAGAGGAGGGGUUGCGAUUUACUGAUUUCCAUGCGGCGGCAGCAUGCUCUCCCACUCGCGCCAUGAUCAUGACUGGCACCGAUCACCACAUCGCAGGCCUGGGUAACUUGAUCGAAUGGACCAACAUUUCCGGACAGAAUGGCCCCAAGGGAUCUGCGAUGAGUACGGCCCCGCAGCGUGGUAUGCCAGGAUAUGAGGGGUACCUGAAUGAACGCGUGGUCGCGCUUCCCGAGGUGCUGCGGGAUGCGGGGUACCACACCAUGUUAUCUGGCAAGUGGCAUCUGGGCCUGACACCCGAACGUUCUCCUCACAAGCGUGGUUUUGUUCGCUCAUUCGCCCACCUUCCUGCCUGCUCCAACCACUAUGCCUUCGAGCCCCAAUUGCGCGAUAAUGACGAUAUUCCCACUUUCAUCGAGGCCAGUUACAUUGCAUUGCACAGUGAGGAUGGAGAGUAUGUGCGCCAGCUUCCCGAGGGCUGGUACUCGUCAGACGGCUAUGGAGACAAGAUGAUUGACUUUCUGCGCGAAUGGAAAGAAUCCGGUGGCAGUGCUGGACCGGAUGGAAAUGGAGAUCGCCCCUUCUUUGGUUACCUGCCUUUCACAGCGCCCCAUUGGCCACUUCAGGCACCGCGUGAGUACAUCGACCACUACCGCGGAGUCUACGAUGAGGGUCCCGAUGCUCUGCGUCAAAAGCGCUUGCAGCGCCUGAAGGAGCUGGGUAUGAUUCGCGACGAUGUAGAGGCGCACCCUGUCGUUGCCGACGAGAUCAAAGACUGGGAUGAAUACACCGACGAAGAGAAGAAAAAAUCCUGCGUAUCAAUGGAAGUCUUCGCUGGAAUGGUGGAGUGUAUCGAUGCCAACGUGGGCAAGGUGGUUGAGUACCUGCGCUCAAUUGAUGAGCUAGACAAUACAUUCGUUUGCUUUAUGUCCGACAAUGGUGCGGAGGGCGCCGCCUACGAGGCCUACCCCAUGGUGCAAAACGGCGUCAUGCCCCACCUACAAAAGUAUUACGACAACAGCCUUGAGAACCUGGGUGCUGGAAACUCGUUCAUCUGGUACGGUCCGCGCUGGGCGCAGGCCUCCACAGCUCCCUCGCGUCUCUACAAGGCCUAUACAACUGAGGGUGGAGUACGAGUCCCCUUCACUUGCCGCUUCCCCAAGAACAUCAACCUCAACCCCGGCGAUUCAACCGCCGCUAAGGGCGGUAUCACCGAUCAAUUUUCCACAGUCAUGGACCUGGCACCCUCAAUCCUGGAUAUGGCCGGCGUCAAGCACCCUGCACCAACAUACCAAGGGCGCGAAGUUGUCUCCAUGCGUGGUCGUAGCUGGCAUCCCUGGGCUACCGGCCAGGAAGAGCGCAUCCACCCGAAAGAUUUUAUCCAAGGCUGGGAAACCUGUGGUCGAGCUGCACUCCGCUGUGCGGACUGGAAGAUUGUCUUCAUCCCCAAGCCCAAGGGACCCGAGAAAUGGCAGCUGUACAACCUCGUUGAGGACCCUGGUGAGAUCCAUGAUCUUGCGGACCAGGAGCCGGAGAAGAUGAAGACUCUUCUUAAGCUUUGGGAUCAGUAUGUUCUUGAGACGGGUGUUAUUCCUCUUUGCCCUGAUCUAGGUGCCUUCUUGGAGGCAACUGAGGCUCAGAUGCCGGAGAAUGCGUGGAUGGAGUUUGAUUACUGGAAGACUGGUGCGAGAGAUGAACCUGAGAAGUUUACUCGGGAACCUCCUCGCUUUCAGCGGAGUGUUCAGCAGUGGUAG